UUCUGGAUUCUACCGAAGAAGAUUAAGGAAGAUCUAUCAUUAUAUAGCCUUCUUCCUUACCAAUUUUAUAAUGAAAUGGAUGUUGAUAUAUGCUCCAAAAGGAAUAUGUCCUUAUUCAAGGCUUUGAAAAAAGGUAAACAUACACCUCAGUAUGCCAAGGAUAGGUCAUACAGAAGAGUUUUGAUUGACAAUCCAAAUAGCAUCAAAAAUAUUGUCAAUAAUGUGAAACCAUCUGUUGAAAAAAGCAAUUGUAAAUGUCUCUUCUUCAUAUGCUAUGUUAUGCAUCGCCUUCAAAAGCCAACAACUUCUUUGGAUAGUGGAUUUGAAAGAAGUGAUGAGAUAAAGCAAGUAGAGGUAAAGUAUGUUCAAAAGUUCUCAACAAGCUGUAGAAGAUAUCCAGCAUCUCCAAGAAACAGAAUUCUUCAGGCAUGUAAUUUCAGAGGUUCUGAAGAAGCUAGCGAAGUAGUGAUUGCUGUUUUAAAUUGCAUUCUUGGUAACAUAGUAGAAAUACCUUAUUAUAAAAAUAAAAAAUUGCCAAGCACAACAAGAAAAAGGAAAUUCCACCUGAUUUCAAAGAGAAACAACAGGAAGAAUGCAGAAGAGAGUGAUGGUGAUGAAGCAGAUGCCUCUGACUCUAGUAUACAGGUUGAUAUUAUGGAGAGUAGAAAACUUCAAAAUGUAGCUUCCUCCAGUGAAUCGUUGUAUCAGUAUUUUUGUGGACAGUUGUUCAACUAUGGCACCUUCAAAUGGAGAGUUAAAUCAGCUACAAAGAAUGUUGUUGUCAUGAAUGAUUACGAUUGUAACACUGGUGAAUUUAUGCAUUUUGAAUAUGUUCAUGUAUUUUCAACUACCACAAGUACUGGUCCAACCUAUUAUUGCAAUUGCAAAAUAUUUUCUGUAUCUCAAACCUGUGUUGAAGCUCCAGAAAGAUUUGAUGUUAGGUGGCUGGGUGUUUCUUGUUUACAUGUGCGAUUGCUUGCCAGUGUUGUUUCACUUCUCCCAUCUUCUGAUCAUAUUCCAGAGCCUGUGAGUGCUGAUGUCAGCCUUGUGAAUAUGUCAGUUAUUAAUGAUGGCUUAAAGUGCUCAGAAACAGUUGUUGAGGAACUUCCUGCUAAAUUAAAUGUUCGCAAAUUCUCGAUCACCCAUGAAGAUUCUGCUGCAAUUGUAUCUAUUUUCAAAGUGUCUGGAACAAAUACAAAAGUUGUUUAAUGCAAAAAUUCGUUAUGUGUUAUUGACAAAGGAUCAAAAAGGUCAAUCAAAAACAUAACCACUGCUUUUGACUUAUGUCCUCAUUUGGUGUCAUUUCGAGACUUCUAUUUGACCAAUAAUGAAUCUGAUGACGUUGAUGAUAUCAGUGAUGAAGAUAGUAAUAAUGCUAAUUUUCUUCCUGAUAAUAAGCAAAACUGGUCAUGCAUUCAAAAUAUGGAAACUAGAACAUAUUUAUGACAGCCCAGCCUUAUUUGAACUGGUAUACUAUAAUAGAACACAGCAUCCCUUUAUGGUGCUACUUAAAAUUGGCAGAAAAAAGGAAUACCUUUAUCACGGAAUCCCUGAUUUGUAGGCUUGGUCCAACUGGCAAAUACACUUGUUUAGAGAACAAGAAUUUUUGAGCAUCUUAUAGACGGUUUCCUUUGUGUACAUUUCCAACAUCAGGGUGUUUUGGAAAAAAAUGGAAACGAUACGUGAAACGAGGCCAUCUUCAGUCCAUUUAUCCAUACAAAGGCAUUGGUAAUACUAUAAAUGGAUUCAAAUAAAUCACAAGGCAUCAAUCUGCUCCAACGAUGUUUCUGUGAGAAGAAAUCCAUACAAAAGAUCUCUGUCUGGUCCAAGCUUAAGCAUUUUUUCCCUGCCAGGCAGAUGUCAGAGUCAAAAAAGCUAAACACUAAAAGUAAACGAAUAACAUCAAAUACUGCAACACAGAUAGGCAACUACAUACUUUUUAAAAAUGUUAAUUUUUACGUACAGAUACGGUAAGCUAGCUAUUAUAGCUAGCUACCACACAUCCCGCAAUGCCAUUUAAAAAAUAUGUAUAUAUUUUUCAUAGCUAUAUAUUCUAAAGUUUAUCUGUCUAUUGUUAUCAAGUCAACAGAAAGUCAAAACAUUAAAUACGAUGAAGAAAUUUAGGAGUGUUGAUGUUUGGAGGAAAUACCCUGGCUGGCUUCUGUGCAUGAUAAAAAAUAAUUUGCAUACAGCUUAUAGUAAAUACUGCAGGGUAGCUAAACUUAACAAUGAUGGAGAAGAACCCUUAAGAAUAAUACCUGGCACAUUUCCCUUGCUAUAUUACCAAAAUUUUCGUCAAAAAUGCUAGACGGGAAGCAACUGUGUGCAAACAGAGCGGCCAUUAUGAGACAAAUAAA